UUUCCUCCGCGGCUCCGACGAAACACGGCCACGGCGAACCCUAGAUCUUAAUUGGCCUUCCGCCGCGCGCCCUGACUCGUAGUGGCGGCCGUGGUGGUGGUGGGGACGAACAGCCGCCGGACACCCCCAUCCCUGACCUGCCCUGGGUGAUGCUGGAUCGCAUCGCCCACUGCACCUUGCCGGGCGACGACACAGAUGCCGACGGCACGACAUCGGAGGUCUCCGAGACCUGCACCGGUAGGCCCAUCGCCGUCUCCCUCAGGGUCGCUCCGCCUCCCGCCGUGUCUCGUCUCUACCUCCACUUUCCAGAUGGGCUCAGGCCAGAGAUGAAGCUGCUGGAACCGCCCUCCGUCCUCGCGGCUCAUGGCCGCUCCAUACUUUUCCAGACCUAUGUCCCUCACAUUGACCAGUGCCGCCCCAACUAUUACCCCAUGGAUUACUUCGUCUACACGGCCCCCGGCCGCCCAGGCAAGCGCCCGUUCCUAAGGCGGCUCCCGCCUUGCUUCAAGGGUGGGCAAGUGAACCCGGAAGUGGACAAGCUCUUCCUCCCGUACCGGUACCAGCAACAGCGGACGAUGAACAGCGAUAACAUCGGCCUGCUGUGCUACGGCGAGGAGGAGUUCACGGUGGCCGAGCUCUAUUCAUGGGGCGAGCUCUGCCUGCUGCACCAUGCACCUGGGAAGGCCAUGGAAUGGGAAUUCAGGACGCUGCAGAUGCCUUAUGGCAAGGGCGUCCCUGACUUUCUGUAUGGUUCCUGGAAUACCGACUCCGUCAUCCCCUUUGGCGGUUCCUUGUGCUGGGUCGAUUGCUACCUCGGCUUGCUGUUUGUCACCGUGCAUGGAGAUCUUACAAGGCCGCCCCGCUAUGUCUCGAUGCCAGCAGAUCUGGACACUCGUCGUCUCUAUAUUGACCCAGGGGUCCCUGACCCAGCACGCCGUGUGUGUGUCACUGACAGCGGCAUGGUUAAGCUCAUUUGUAUCAGCGAUGCUGCAGGCCGCAGCGUGCAUAUACAUUCUUCUGAUGUCAAAAUCAGGACAUGGAAUCUGUCCAACGGGAUAUGGAAAAAAGAUGCCACCAUGGAAGCCCGUGAGCUCGAGAAUGUUCUUUCCUCUGACAAGCGCCUGCCACUGCUCCUGCCAAAGUUUCCUAUCAUGAACUUGGUUGAUCAUGAUGUUGUCUGCUUUGUGUUGAAUAAUAGAGACCGCAAUUUCUGGCUGGUUGAGGUCAAUCUGAGGAAGAAGGCGCUUGGGGCAGUCACCCUCUAUACCAACGAAGAAAAAGAAAACCAAGCAGCAGCAGAAGAACACCUGACCUGGGAUGACAUUGUCCGCAAUACCUUCUUCACCACCGUCUCCGUCAACUCCAUCUCCUUCAUCCCCAGCCAAUUCACCAUGUACUUGGAUAAGCAUGCCAUCAAAAGUUCUGCUCGAUAGCCUCUGGCGGUCAUCCUCUGCAUGAUCAAGUGUUGACAUACUUUUUGCACUUCAGAUUCAUUCAGCUAUUAACAUGUAUGUCUCCAUCAGCAGCUGCUUUAGAGCAUCUACCAUUAUGAUAUUUGUCAGAGUUGAUUGCUCUAGAGUUUUAUGUAACAUGAAAUUGGAUUGUUAAAUCUCUUUCACAGGCCCAAGUAGAUAAACCAGAGCAAAUUAUUACAUGCGUUUGAAUAUUUAGACUGCUUAUGAUACAUUGUUUUCAGAGCACUUCAUAUUUUCAUGUAACAAUAUGUCUCAUGCAUGCUUGCUUAAGAAGUACAAUAUUUAAUCAGUAUCCGAUAGAGUGGAAAUAUAUUCUCUUCGAUCAGGUAGCAUAGUAGUUUGUCCAUCAAGUAGUGGCAAGGAUGUUCUGGUUCCAUCAGAUACCACAUAAUUACAUAAACUUUGUGCCUCAGUUUGUGCAACAGGGAUAUAUUGUGAAAACAGAGGGAGUACAAAUUACGUGAUGUAAAACAAAUAGCCAAAAGAAAUGACAUUGCACUUUGUGUCAUAAGGGCUAUCUAUUUUGUAGUUUUCUCUGUGACUGACAUCUCCAAAAAUAUAUGUCAUGAAUCCUGUUUAUUGUUAUUUUCAUGGUCCGACAUAAUCUCGGUUUAUUGACUUGUGCUCACGUCUACAUUUGCAAACAACAACACUUGGUCCUGCUCGAUAGCCUCUGGCGUUCAUCCUCUGCAUGAUCAAGUGUCGACAUACUUUUUGCACUUCAGAUUCAUUCAGCUAUUAACAUGUAUUUCUCCAUCAGCAGCUGUUUAGAGCAUCUACCAUUAUGAUAGUCAUCAUAGUGGAUUGCUGUAGAGUUUCAUGUACAUGAGAUUGGAUUGUUAAAUCUCUUUCACACGCCAAGUAGAUAAAGCGGAGCAAAUUAUUACAUCCGUUUGAAUAUCUGGACUGCGCUUAUGUAUUUUCUGAGACAACUUAUGUUUGCUUCUCACACUAAUGAUUUUGUUUGUUUGGGGAAACAAGUUACCAUAGCCGCCUUGUCACCUAAGUUUGCUCUGUAUUUU